CUUAGUUGUUCAUUUUCUUGAAAUCUAGAGGCACAACCUAGAUUCGAGCCAAUGUCUUAUGUUGUGGAACACGUUAUUACUACAACCUCGUGAAAGUGACAAACUGACACGUUUUCAACUUAAUAUCGAAGGAGUGCCUUUUUUUGCACAUGCGCAGUUCGGCGCCAGACGACUGUUAGACCCGAUGACGUGUUAAUAAGCAUGAGCUUAGCAAGACAAAGUCGCCAUGACAUCCCCCAGAAGUGUGAUCGUGGAUUUCUAUUGGAGAAGCAGUUUUAGCCUACCUUCAUACUGUACUUUAUUUGGUAAGGCUAAGGCAUCAGGGUACAGAAGCCAUAGGACAAAGCAGAUGAUUACCGGAGUGCCGGGAUUGGCUCUGCUCAGCAUCCACUUCUGAUGCGGUGUGUAUGUGCUGUUGGGGCGACCGGAGCCUAACGCGCAGGGCCCUUCACCCGAUUCGCUGCACCUUCCCUGGGUCUCUGUCUCUUCCACUUCCCCCUGCCUGUCAGCCUGCUUGGAUACCUCCCCCACCCCCCGUAGGGAGAAACGACGGGCUGCUUCACUGGGGAGCCGUUCGGGAAUUAGCAAUGCCCAAUCCCGGCAUCCUUUAGCCACUUGGAAUAUCUCGGAUUUCUACAUCCGUCCGUCUGUCUCGCUAUCCAUCUGUCUCCGGUCUCCCUCCAUCCGUGGCGGGGGACAGAGGAAUGAACAUCUGCAACCAUGAUGCAAGGACUGAAGAAACGCACCAGGAAGGCCUUUGGGUUACGAAAGAAAGAGAAGGACACAGACUCCACUGGCUCCCCUGACAAAGAUGGAAAAAAGACCAACGGGGCUCCAAAUGGCUAUUAUGGGGAGAUUGAUUGGGAGCGAUAUGCCGCUCCAGACGUGGACGCUGAGGGCUUCAGUCUCAGACCCGGAGAGGAGAGAGAAACAGCUCCCAAAGGCAAGCAGCACUUCUCCUCCAGCGACACUGAGGAUGAGGACGACAACAGGAAGUUCAAGAUCAAGAUCAAGCCGUUGCCCUCCGACACUGCCAAGUGUGCCGUCCCCUCCAUGGAUGAACUGAAAGCUUCCGUUGGGGGUUUGGCUCUAUCUCCCUCUUUGGGCUCGAUAAAGAGACACCUGUCUUGUGAGGAGAUCGCCAGACCCAGACGCUCCACCCCUACGCCAAGCCCCGCACCCGAGACACAAAGUGAGAGAGUAUCCCAGAAUCGUAGGGCAUCCCCAGCUUUCUUCGGGCUUCCUCCUGAGACGACCUAUGAGACACACAGAUACGAUAGUAACAGAAAUGAUGGAGAGGAGAUUGCCAGACCCAGACGCUCCACCCCUACGCCAAGACCCGCCCCUGAGACACAAAGUGAGAGAGUAUCCCAGAAUCACAGAGCAUCCCCAGCUUUCUUCGGGCCUCCUCAUGAGACGACCUAUGAGACACACAGAUACGAUAGUAACAGAAAUGAUGUAGUCUAUAUAGAGGCUGAUGCAUGGUGUGACUCCAGACCAGACUCUGACUCCCCUUUGAUCAGAAACUUUCCAACAGGAGCUCCUCCUCCACUUCCUCCCAAGAACGUCCAAGCAGCUAGUCAAGGCUAUUCUUCGUCUGAUUCUUCCGCUGAUUUACACAAUGGGAGAAUAGUCUCAAGCCCCGCCCCCAUCUACCUGAACGUCCAAUCGCCAGCCUCAUACAGAGGUUCCCCCUUGCCUGACCUGGAAGAUGUGUUCGGCCCCAUGGAAUCCUCCCGGAUCAAUGAGGGCAGGGCCUCGCCCCGAUGGGUCAGCUUCAACAAUGAGAGACCACCCCCACCGGACGAACCGGCCCCGCCUCCGCCCCCUGCCUAUCCUCCUCCUGACUCGCCCAACUCCCUCUCCUCCACCCCAGACUCCCCCUGCCUCUCCCCGGGCCCUCCUCCGGAUGAGCCUCCCCCCUCCCCGCCGCCCUUUUCCUCUCCCCCCGACUCGCCCAUCUCCAUCAUCUCCAUUCCCCCUCCAAAUGAACCCGUUCCUCCCCUGCCUCCCGACUUCUUGCCCCCAGACUCACCGCCAUGCAUCGCCAUCAAUCCUAGUCUGUUUUUGGAUGAUGAUGAGAUACUGGAGUACUCCCUGCUCCCUCUGCCCCUGCUGCCCCAUUGGAGUACUCCCCUGCCCCUACCAGUCCCAUCCCUCCCCCCCUGCCUGCGGAGCGCUCCCUUCGGGCAGGCAUCCCUUCCCCUCUGGUGUUCCUUAGGGAGGAGCAGCCUGACUUUAUGUCCUGCCCUCCUCCCGCCCACCUACAGGCCCAUGGUGUCUUCCCCCGGACCAUGCCCAGGCAGUGGCCCCUCCUCUCCACCUCGCCCUGCCACGCCCCUGUCAGGAGGUAGUCCAAUCCCUCCCCCUCUUCCUACAAGGCCCUCCUCUCGACCCAAACUGCCCCCUGGGAAACCAAUGGGAGACCUGGCUCGGCCCUUCAGCCCCCCAGUCUCCGGCAGCCCCCCUCCCUUCGCCCCCCUGGCCCGAGCCGAGAGCUCCUCCUCCAUCACCUUGCUGAGCGCAGCCUCCACCCCCACCCUGGGGAGAGAGCUCACCGUAUCCACUACAGGAUGUUCCAGAGGACCCAGCCCACUGACCAUGGGAGCCCAGGACACUCUGCCCGUGGCGGCUGCCUUCACCGAGACCAUCAACGCCUAUUUCAAAGGAGCCGACCCCAGCAAGUGUGUGGUGAAGAUCACUGGGGAGAUGGUGCUGUCUUUCCCAGCAGGCAUCACCAGGCACUUUGCCAGCCACCCGUCUGCCCCCGUGCUCACCUUCAGCAUCAGCAACUACUACCGGCUAGAGCAGGUCCUCCCCAACCCACACCUACUGUGCUGUGACACCACCAUGUCCAAUGUGGACACCAAGGAAUUCUGGGUAAAUAUGCCAAACCUGAUGAGCCACCUGAGGAGAGUGGCUGACCAGAAGCCUCAAGCAACCUACUACAAUGUGGACAUGAUCAAAUAUCAGGUGGCAGCUGAGGGGAUCCAGUCUACUCCCCUGAACCUGGCGGUGAGUUGGCGUGGCGACACCACCAGCACGGACCUCAGAAUAGACUACAAAUACAACAUGGAGGCCAUGGCCGCCACCCCCUCCCCCCUCCACAACAUCCACUUCCUGGUCCCUGUGGACGGGGGCGUGGCCAAACUCCAAGCCAUGAUCCCCACUGCCACCUGGAACCCAGAACAGCAGAACAUUCUAUGGAAGAUAUCAAGCCUUUCCCAAAGGUCUGAAAAUGGAGGAGUGGGGGCUCUACUGGGUAGGUUCCAGUUGACAGAGGGUCCCAGUAAGCCGUCCCAGUUGGCGGUGCAGUUCACCAGCGAGGGCAGCACUCUGUCAGGCUGUGACAUCCAGCUGGUGGGGACUGGCUACAGGCUCUCGCUGGUCAAAAAGAGAUUUGCAGCAGGGAAAUAUCUGGCGGACAACUAGUCACCACUGUUGUAAAAUGGAACCCUUUCAACCAUAUGAUGGCUUUUGACUGUGAGGAUGAUGAUAGACUUUUUAUGGAUUGUUCAUUCGAUACAAGUUACCAACUGAGAAACGUCUGAAACCUAACGCUUAAGCAGGGAGGGGUAACUGAUGACAUAGCAGCAACAACAGGAUGUGAUGUAAUACGCACUGUCCACAAGGGUUCACCAGGGUAUUGCUUUAUGUUUUAACACACUCAAAUACAGUAGUCGCACUGUUGGAGUUUAUGCAAGUAGUCACCGCUUUUUUUUCGUUUUGUGCACCUUGAGGGUUGUUGAGGUCAAUUGUAAAAUCUUUUGUCUGUAAUGUUUUCGUUAUGUGUCGGACCCCAGUAAGACUAGCUGUCGCCAUUGGCGUCGGCUAUUGGACGUCCUAAUCAAUAAAACAUUUAGAAAUCAUAAUGAAAGAUAAUGGAUUCAACACAUUUACUCCCGUUUAGCAAAGUCAAUUAUCAUUGGCAGCACAUACAGUAAUCCAGCCUUAUUUGUGAGAAGAAUUCUAUGUGAAUGGGUGAUGGAUGGAAGAUGCACUGGACAGAUUUAUGUGAAUAGAUAGACACUGUUAUCAUUCAUUGAUAAUUCAAUUGAUUAUGACAAGAACAAUUGAUUAUGACAUAACAAUUGAUUAUGACAAGAACAAUUGAUUAUGACAUAACAAUUGAUUAUGACAAAAACAAUUGAUUAUGACAUAACAAUUGAUUAUGACAAGGACAAUUGAUUAUGACAAAAACAAUUGAUUAUGACAUAACAAUUGAUUAUGACAAAAACAAUUGAUUAUGACAUAACAAUUGAUUAUGACAAGAACAAUUGAUUAUGACAUAACAAUUGAUUAUGACAAGAACAAUUGAUUAUGACAUAACAAUUGAUUAUGACAAGAACUCCACGUGCAGGGUUAGGAUGACAUUUUGAUGUUUUUCUUUUAUUUAUUGGGUUGAUUCAACUGAUAUGGUACCAGCUGGUACUGCACCAGCAUGUUGAGGCCCACAACUUGGAGUUAACGUACAGACAACGUUAUUAUGUAUGUGGUGGUUGUGUGUUUUGCUGGGAGGUCAAGUGGUUCAUGUAAUGUAAUUGUUCAUAUUGUUUUCCUGAUUUGUGGAUGACAAAAACAAAGCAGUUGACCUUACAGGCUGAAUAGCAGAGUUGCCUUGGACCAGAUUACAUUUCUUUCUGGAUUCUGUUUGUCCCUUAGAGUUGUUGUGUCCAGGAGUCCUAAUCAAGAAUAACUGGUUGAAAUGACAUCAUUACAACUGGUUAGGGUGGCAGGUAGCUUAGCGGUUAAGAGUGUUGGGCCAGUAACCGAAAGGUCACUGGUUUGAAUCCCUAGUCAACUAGGUGAAAAAUCUGCAGAUGUGCCCUUGAGCAAGGCACUUAACCCUAAUUGCUCCUGUAAGUCGCUCUGGAUAAGAGCGUCAGCUAAAUGUAAAUGCUAGAAUUACAUCAAUUACUGGUUAGAAGUAGGUCUUUAUGAGGUCAUUUCAACCAGUUUUGCCCGCUGGGAAGUAUAACCGGGGGACAUCAAAGAAGAUGGAAAAGUGCUUGAAGAAUGAUUUAUCUAAAAUAGAAUAAUAAUGAAUAUUUAUCGAUGGCCCCUAAUGUUAUGUUUCUUGUUUUUCCACCAUGUGGAGUUAAUAGAUGUUUUAUCAUUUUCUAAUAGCAGUAUAUUGAAAAUCAAUUUGUAAAAAAGUGUAAAUAUGAAAGAAGCGUCUUCAUAUAUCCCUUUGGACAUAUGGGUGAUUCUGUGUACUGUCAAAUCAGAUUUAUGUUAUACGGUUGGUGAUAGCCUUUACAAUACAUUACAGAACACAUUUUUGUUUUGCUUUUAUUUCUAAUGUGGAUUUCUUGUAAAAUACUGACUGUCCAAAUCUGCGUUACUCAAAAGUAUAAUUUUUUUUGGUUACCUUUUUUUACUCUACAAUGCUAGUUCAUUUAUUUCAAGACAUUUAGGAUGUCCAGCAGCACACAAAAGAGUCCCCCCUCCCCUCCUAAUCCAAUGCUAUUCUGACCAAGACUGGGUAAAGAAAACAGUAGUGAGUGUAGAGUUCAGUCUAAUGUAACCAGGUUCAUUCAGACCUACGUCUGUUAUAGUACGUGUGCUAUGUGAUUGUUUUUACUGUAACUUCUAGUCAUGUCAUCGUGUUUGACCUUUCACCUGAAGAUUUAACCUUUAAACCUUUGACCUUUGGCAUGAAUCCACAACAACAUUAUCACACUUCCAUGAUACUAUUGCGGUAACGUCCUCCUAUGUUUCCUCCCGACUUGCACACCAACAACAAAUAGUUUUGUGUAACUGUAAUUGUUUUGCUCCUGCCCAUCUCUCAAGGAGAAAAAUGUUUGUGUAUUAUUUUCACUUUAUGACAAUGGUAAUAGAAUUACCUCACGUUUUGUUACUUAUUUCCAAAUCAGUAUAUUCAAAAUGAGUCACGACCAAUGACAAAAGAGCCUUUUUAUCCUUGAUAUUAUCAAUAACUAUGGUAAAUGUAUUUCAACUUUACUUUUUUAGUCCUGGUUGCAAUAUUUAAUUUAUUUGUUUGAGCCUUACUGGUCCUUUAAAAAUAUUCACAAAUACAAAUGAACGUUUUUUCUGUCAGUAUUUUAUUCACUGCAUAGGACACUGAAUAUGCAAACAUACCAUGUACAUUUCCCAUCCAAAGAUUUUAAGAGUAAAUAUAUAAAAAGUUAAUAUAAUGUAAUACCUGUUUUACUUGGUAAUAAAGAAUGGGAGAAUAUUGGAAAUGAAAA